AUGCAACAGCAACAAAUUCAAGACAGACACACUAGUUUUGCUAUACUAGGGAAAGCAGAAGUACUAUGCAAUACAUGGCGUCGUUUGCAAUCCAAAUCAUUGUCGUUGCUGCAAUCCAUGGUCAACAUUGUAGCUCAAAAAAGUGCCACAUUGGAUCAGCUUUCUACGUUGGAGCAACAUGGCGUUGAGAAGUCUCGUCUUGUGUACAAACAGACAGCAUCACUAGAGAGUCUGAUCAAAGAUCUGCACUCUGUGCUAGAACUGCUUGACAAGGUGAAGCGGGAUUGGGCUCAAUUGGAUCUGGAAGCAGCCCGCCAUGUGGUCAAAUAUACCUCACGCCCUUCAUUGCCAGCUAAACUAGCACCAUUGUCCACCAACUCCCUCAUCCAAGUGACAGCAGUAGCACCUGCUCAAGUACACGAUAUGAUUUCUCAGUUAGCGUACAUGUACAAUGAGGAAUUCAACUACAAAUCCAUGUUACUGUCUACACUACCAUCCAACAUAGCAAAUCAGGACCAAGUUCUGCAAUUGGUAGAUCGAUGGGAUGCCGAAACACACAUUGAUACGUCAUUACAACAAGACAUUGUUGAACGUAUCAAGCUGUAUAAAACUGUCAAGAAGGUACUUGAAUCAGUAGAUUGA